AUGUCGGAGCCGCGCUACCGAGACUGGAUCCUGGAGACCAUCGACUCGCUGCGCUCGCGGAAGGCGCGCCCGGACCUGGAGCGGAUCUGCCGGAUGGUGCGGCGGCGGCACGGCUCGGACCCGGAGCGCACGCGCGCCGAGCUGGAGAAGCUGAUCCAGGAGCGGACGGUGCUGAAAGUCAGCUACAAGGGCUCCAUCUCGUACCGGAACGCGGCCAGAGUGCAGCGGAAGGGCCGGAGGACCGACAGCGGGCUCGAGCGCCCUUCGCACGACGGCGCGAGGACUAAUAAUACCAAUAAUAACACUGUUAAUAAUAACAUUAAUAACAGUGGCGGCAGUAAUAACAACGACGGGAACAGCCGGAGCGGCGAGCGCGUGCUCGGUCCCGCGGAUCGCGAGCACGAGCAACAAAAGCCCGAGCCCUCGCGCUCGGAGAGUUCUGCAAAGUCGUCGCGCGAGAGCUGCGGCGGAGGGGGCUCGAGCGCCGCCGAAGCGCGAGAGCGGCAAACUUGCGGCGAGAGCGACGCCGGGCGCGAGAGUCUGUCCGCUCGUGCAGCUGCUGCCGCCGCCGCUGGUGGUGGUCACGCGCUGCUGGGACUGAGGGAGAUCCUGGGCUGCCUCAGCGCGCGCGAGCAGGACGAGACGCUGACGCGGCGCCGCGCGCGAGCCCUGCAGCUGGAGCGCGAGAUGCUGGAGAAGAAGAAGAACAACGGCGUGAAGAAGAACAAAGCGGUGGUGAUGAUGAUGAUGACGAAGAGCAAGAACAAAGCGGGCCGCGUGCAGCAGCAGCAGCAGCAGCAGCAGCGCGGGACAGCGGCGUGUGUGCUCGCGCACACCGGCUCGGGAGGAGGGGGGGGAGGAGGAGCAGAAGGCGCGCGACUCUGCUCCUCGUCCGCUGAUCUUCACCCUUUACAGUCACAAAUACUCGCGAACGCGAGCCCCGAGAAGAACGGACCCCCCCAACCCCCCCCCCCCCUCACCCCCGCCCGAGCGAGACAAAUGACGAUGUGUUUUGUUCUCCACGCCGCGCGCGGGGCCGGAGGAGCCGGAGGGGCAUUGUUUCAUUUCAUUUUCCUCCACGAAGAAGAGAAGGAUGAAGAGCCGAUGGAGACUGAGAGUGAGGAGGAGGAGGAGGAGGAGGAGGAGGAGAAGGUGGAGGAAGAGGGUGAAAGUCCCACACCGGUCGACACCCAGACAACCAAGGGUGAAGGUCAAGCAGGAGUCACGAGUCAAGAGCACAGUCCAGUUUCAGUCAGUCUGGAGGUGAAGCCGAGUGAAAACGCUCAGCCAGCGAUGAUGCCAGUGGAGAAACGCCCGUCUUUGUUGUUGGCAUCACCACCACCAGCAAAACUCAAUUCUCUUCAUCAGGAAGCAGAUAGUGAAGGUGACAUGAUGAAACAGGUGGCAUCUUUUGGGACAGCAUGUUUGAGAGAGGAACAAAGGGCAGCCACACCAAACCAACUGCAGACCAAUAUACAGAAUCAAGCAGUUGUGGUGCUGGACAAUGUGGUGGUUCCUUCUUCCAUUCCCAUAAAGAGUUAUUCGGGCUGUAAGACGGAGGUGGGCGUGUCCUCAUGUCUGCUCACUCCCUCCGCCUCCCCAGGAGCAGCUGAGGAACGAGGGAUGAAUGGAGGAGUGUUUGUGAAGUCGGAGUCUACCAUCGUGAACCCAGUCGACUGGACAGUAGCAGAUGUAGCCAGCUAUUUCACAGCUGUGGGGUUUCCAGAGCAAGCUCUUGCCUUCAGGACACAGAUGGGAAAGUCCCUCCUCCUGAUGCAGCGCAACGAUGUGCUGACCGGCCUAUCCAUUAGACUUGGCCCUGCCCUGAAGAUCUACGAGCGCCACGUGAAGGUUUUGCAGAGGACCCACUUUCAGGACGACGGAGCGUUCUGUUGAAACA